AUGACUAUAUACAUUUAUGUCGCACUCAUGCGAAACCCCGGAAGCAGCCAUGUUAACUACGAUGGCGUCGGACCUCUCUACCUGAGCCCGCUCAUCGCCCGUGGUGAGAUUCAGGCAGCCCGAGACAUGAGUGCCGUGGACUUGUUCAGGGUCCAAGACGAGGGAACUCAGGCCUACGCGGGACUCAUCACCGUCAACGAAACUUUAGAAAGUCACUACUUCUUCCUUCACCUCAAAGCGAAGAAAAACACCUCCGGAGCACCGCUCCUCCUCUGGCUUCAGGGCGGCCCGGGCAGCUCCUCCCUCUUCGGACAGUUCAUGGAGAACGGACCACUUGGCAUCGAUUCUCAAGGCCACAUAUUCCGGAGGAUGGACACCAUCCAAGAGUUCGCCAACGUGGUGUACUUGGACCAGCCAGCGGGUGCCGGAUACAGCCGCACCGGUAGCACCGCAGGUUACGCCAAGAGCAUCGAAGACCUUGUGGAGUACAUCCACCUGUUCCUACAACAGUUCCUGGUGUUGUUUCCUGAAUACCAGGGCGCCGAAUUCUACGUAGCCGGAGAGUCGUACGGAGCCCGGCCAGCCGUGGGACUUGCCGCAAGACUGCAUGACAAUCCCGAUCUUCCUGUUAACCUACGCGGCGUCAUCAGUGGUGUUGGCUUCCUCGGACCACUGCUGUUGAUGACAAACAUGAGUGACUACUUCCACCAAUUAAGUCUCAUGGAUCAUAACGGCAGAGGUAUCUACCAAACCAGACUGGACGAAAUUCAGAAGUUGGUCAUUGGAGGCAAUCCACUACAAGCCAUUCAACUUCUGCUGCAGACCCUCUUUGUUUCAAGCGGCGGCUCUGCACCAACGUUGUUCGAGGAACUAACCGGCUACACGUACGACGGGAACGUCCUUCAGAGUCGGGAGCCAGCUGAGUUCCAAAGGUAUCGUGACUACGUUGCCAGUGAAGAGUUCAAGAUACAGGUCCACGUGGGCCUCAACGCAACGUUCCAGAGGAGCGAACUCAUCAACUUAUACCUCGCCAAGGAAUAUUUCCGAGACAUAACGGAUAUGGUGCUGACCGUCCUGAAAAACUACAGGCUCCUCGCGUACUUUGGACAAUUCGAUCCUGUCUUCGCAGUGGUGCAGAGCGAGAAAUAUUUCCGUUCGCUGCAAUGGGACGGGGCUGAACAGUUCAGACGAGCAAACCACACCCCUUGGUUUGCAGUCUCAGAGAAGAACGGAGUGUCGGGCUACGUGACGGCGGCGCAGAACUUGGUGUUUACAUCGAUACUACGAGCCGGACACUACGCUGGUUUUGACCAGACACAGGCUGUCAAUAAGAUGAUGCGCAGGUUUAUGAACGGCCUUCCUUUGUGACAGACUGAUGACCUUAAGAAAACUGCAG